AAAAAAGCCAAAUUAAGAUGUGGUUCCUGGUUGCAUUAUUAAGUCGUAAUCACCUUUGAGGCAAUGACGUGUAUGGUAGUUAGCCUCUUCGGACUAUGCUCUGUGACAUGUCAAUGGGAAUAUGAGUGGAAUUUUCUAUUAGCAACGCAUGUAAACAUCAUGAUCAAAAUAAUAAUGUCUGAUUCAGAAUGAGUUCUAUAGCCUGGACCUUUGCUGUAAAUGUCAGUGACUGUCUGAUCUAGUGGCUCAACUGUCAGGGUGUGGAUUGUACAAACUGGUCCAAGUUCUUCUGUCUUCUUCCCUAUGAUUGUAUUUGAUCAUCCACUCAUAGAUAUACGGCAGCAGCAGAGAUGGCCAAUAAUCCCUGGACUAGUGCACUCACCUUUUCUCAGGUUAUAGUUAGUCUUUUAAAAACUGUCAAUCAGUGGAUGAAGAAAGUGAAUCAAAGGCCAAAGUAAGUUUUAGUGUAAAUUACUGUCGUGCAAUGUCAGGCAGUCUGGUAGGGAUGACAUUGGUUUGUUUUAACCUUCACUGCUCCUUCCUCCAAUCAGUUUAUCAGGAAAAGAAACGUGCGACGGUGAGAUAGGAGUACCAGAUCAACAUUGGCCUACGCAUAGCCUGUGAUAUGAGUGUGAGUGGGUGGUUGUGCAUGUGUGUGUGUUGUGUGUGACCUGUCCAGGGGUGACAUUGUUGCUACCUUUUUACGCAGAUCGUGGCAUUUAAGCACGUGUGGUGUUUCUGCGCAUGUGUGUAUUGAAAGGGGGGGUUUAUGGUAUAAAAGGCCUUUCCACUAAAUGUUUCCUGUUUUUCACCAUUGUGUGUGUGUGUGUUUGCAUGUGUUUGUGUGUGAGAGAGAGCAAGAGAGACGGAGAGAGAGAGAGGGAGAAACGGAGUCUAUGUUUGGGACCGGACCGUAACGGAGAGCCAAAAUUUCUGUGGCAAAGAAAGGUCGAGUGGUCUGGACCUCCAUUGAUUUAGGAGAGCAGUCCCCUAUCACACCAGCAGCCAUGAGUAAAGCGGACUCUUACAACAUGUUCGAGAUGGAUGGAGAGAUGGACAAGAAGAAGUCAAAAAAGACGAAGAAAAAGGAGAGGAUGGAGGGCAUGAAGAAAGAAAUGGACAUUGACGACCACGAGAUUACAAUUGAAGAGCUGGAGAUGAGAUAUACCACGAAUGUUAACAAGGGCUUGACGACCACAUUUGCCCUGCAGGUCCUCGAGAGAGAUGGUCCUAAUGAGCUGAGGCCUCCCAAAGGAACCCCGGAGUAUGUGAAGUUUGCCCGGCAGCUGGCCGGAGGGCUGCAGUGUCUGAUGUGGGUCGCCGCCGUCAUCUGCUUCAUCGCCUUCGGAAUUGAACUGAGCAGAGGGAACCUCACCUGCUUUGACGAUCUUUACUUGGCCAUCGUGCUGAUCUCUGUCGUCGUGGUAACUGGAUGCUUUGGUUACUACCAAGAGUUCAAGAGUACAAACAUCAUUGCCAGCUUCAAGAAUCUGGUGCCACAGCAAGCUGUUGUGAUCCGUGAUGGCCAGAAAAACGAGAUCCAUGCCAACCAACUGGUGGUGGGAGAUUUGGUGGAAGUCAAAGGAGGAGACAGGGUCCCUGCUGAUAUUCGCAUCAUCACUAGUCAGGCCUGCAAAGUGGACAACUCCUCCUUGACAGGCGAGUCUGAACCUCAAACCAGGAGUCCAGAAUGUACUCAUGAGAAUCCACUGGAGACCAGAAACAUUGCUUUCUUCUCUACCACUAUUCUGGAAGGUGUAGCGACCGGUGUGAUUAUCAACACAGGUGAUCGUACCAUCAUCGGUCGGAUCGCCAGCUUGGCGAGCGGCGUCGGCAAUGAGAAGACGCCCAUCGCCAUAGAAAUCGAGCAUUUUGUGGACAUCAUCGCUGGUCUUGCGAUCUUCUUCGGGUUUACCUUCUUUGUGGUCGCCAUGUUUAUCGGAUACGCCUUCCUGGAAGCCACGAUCUUCUUCAUGGCUAUCGUGGUGGCUUAUGUGCCAGAGGGGCUCCUUGCCACCGUCACUGUAUGUCUGUCCCUGACGGCUAAACGACUCGCCAGGAAGAACUGUGUUGUGAAGAACCUGGAGGCUGUGGAGACAUUAGGCUCCACUUCCGUGAUCUGCUCUGAUAAGACGGGCACCCUGACCCAGAACAGGAUGACUGUGGCUCACCUUUGGUUUGACAACCAUAUCCACGCUGCUGACACCACUGAAGAUCAGUCAGGCCAAAGUUUCGACCAGUCAUCAGAGACAUGGCGAUCACUUGCGAGAGUGACUACCCUGUGCAACAGAGCGACAUUCAGACCUGAUCAGGAAGGAUUACCUAUUCCUAGGAGACUUGUGAUGGGCGAUGCGUCAGAGACGGCUCUGCUGAAGUUCACCGAGCUCACUGUGGGGAACACCAUGGACUACCGUAAUCGCUACAGGAAAGUGGUGGAAGUGCCCUUUAACUCCACCAACAAGUUCCAACUGUCUGUUCAUGAACUGGAGGAUCCACUGGACCUGCGCUACCUGCUGGUGAUGAAGGGAGCAGCAGAGCGGAUCUUAGAGCGCUGCUCCACUAUUCUGAUCAAAGGCCAGGAGCUGCCACUGGAUGAGCAGUGGAAAGAAGCUUUUCAGACUGCUUACAUGGACCUGGGAGGACUGGGAGAGCGAGUUCUGGGUUUCUGUCAUAUCUAUCUUAACGAGAAAGAGUUCCCCCGUGGUUAUAGCUUUGACCCCGAUGAGAUGAAUUUCACCACGUCGGGACUGUGCUUUGCUGGUCUCAUCUCGAUGAUUGACCCCCCGAGAGCCACCGUACCCGACGCAGUGAUGAAAUGUCGUACUGCUGGCAUCAGGGUCAUCAUGGUGACUGGAGACCAUCCAAUCACAGCGAGGGCAAUCGCAGCCAAUGUCGGCAUCAUCUCAGAAGGCAGCGAGACAGUGGAAGAUAUCGCCCAGAGGAAGCGCAUUCCUGUGGAACAAGUCAACAAGAGGGACGCCCGUGCUUGUGUGAUCAGCGGUGGUCAGCUGAAAGACAUGAGCAGUCAUGAGUUGGACGAAGCCCUGAAGAACCACCCUGAGAUGGUGUUUGCAAGAACCUCACCUCAGCAGAAACUGAUCAUUGUGGAGAGCUGUCAGCGUCUGGGCUCCAUCGUGGCUGUGACAGGUGAUGGAGUGAACGACUCGCCGGCUCUCAAGAAGGCCGACAUUGGCAUUGCCAUGGGGAUCGCCGGUUCAGAUGCUGCAAAGAACGCUGCCGACAUGAUCCUGCUGGACGACAACUUCGCUUCCAUCGUCACCGGAGUGGAGCAGGGCCGUCUUAUCUUUGACAACCUGAAGAAGUCUAUCGCCUACACGCUGACCAAAAAUAUUCCUGAGCUGACCCCAUAUCUGGUCUACAUCACCGUCAGCGUGCCUCUUCCUCUCGGCUGCAUCACUAUCCUCUUCAUUGAACUGGCCACGGACAUCUACCCAUCUGUCUCCCUGGCCUAUGAGAAAGCAGAGAGUGACAUCAUGCACCUGAAGCCCAGGAACCCUCGUCGUGAUCGGCUGGUAAACGAACCCCUGGCUGCCUACUCGUACUUUCAGAUAGGAGCCAUCCAGUCUUUUGCAGGUUUUACAGAUUAUUUCGCAGCGAUGGCCCAGGAGGGCUGGUUCCCACUCAUGUGUGUCGGCCUGCGUGCUCAGUGGGAGGACGUUCAUCUUCAGGACCUACAGGACGGCUAUGGGCAAGAAUGGACGUUCAGCCAGAGGUUGUACCAGCAGUACACCUGCUACACUGUAUUCUUUGUCAGUAUUGAGAUCUGUCAGAUCUCUGACGUGCUGAUCAGAAAGACUCGACGUCUGUCUGUGUUCCAGCAGGGCUUCUUCAGGAACCGUGUCCUGGUUUCUGCCAUCGUCUUCCAGCUGUUACUCGGUAAUCUGCUUUGUUACUGCCCGGGAAUGCCCAACAUCUUCAAUUUCAUGCCAAUCAGGGUCCAGUGGUGGUUUAUUCCAGUUCCAUUUGGUAUUUUAAUCUUUGUCUACGAUGAGAUCAGGAAACUAGGAGUCAGGAGAUGUCCAGGAAGUUGGUGGGAUCAGGAGUUAUACUACUGAGAGGCUCUUCCCUUCAUCCGUCCAGCCACAUGCAUGAGAGCAUCACUCCUAAACCGAAUGCUGCAGACCUGGAUGCUCUUACUCAAUUGACUUUUCAUCUAUAUCACUUUGUGAUCUAUGCAUUUAUAGAUUAUCCUUGUCUUUUAAUAUUAUUAUCUUAAUAUUCAUAUUCAAGAGCCUGACUGAAUUCUUUUAAAAGCUAAUCAAUGCUGAAAGUCAUUGUUGGAUAAUAAUUCUCACAGAUUCGUUGUGUCCCAGCUCUUUGACUGUGGCUGCCUUGUAUUUGUACUAAUAAAGAAUUUGGAGACCAAUGAUGACUUCAAACAAACAAAAGAAGAAAUAUUCUGAUUCUAUAUUGCUUCAUGCUGUUUUUGUCAAAGGUUGUAUUUUUACUCAACUUUAGAGUUUUUGUUUGAUUUUGAAUGUUAUGGAAUUUCAAAAAGUCCAACUUACUCAUGUUGCAGGAAAUCUGGCUUAAAGCCUCAUGUCUAAUUGAUAACAGCUCAAUUUGCAUGUGGAACUACAUAGAUUCAGUCAACCAAUGGACUGAAAUUAAGCAUAAGCCUGAAGGCAAUAAAUACUAAACAAACAGGAGUCGGAUCACACAGGCUCAUAAACAGAAUAAUACCUGAAAA